AUGGGUCCUGCCACGUUCCUGGGGCUCUGCCUGCUGGGGUGCCUGGUCCUGCACCCCACACUGCCAGGGGCAGAGGCCACCAAGUGUCCCCGGGGGUGGCUGUCCUUCGGGGGCCACUGCUACGGCUACUUCGGGCAGGGGCUGAGCUGGAGGAAGGCCGAGGCGUGGUGCCAGGCCACCCGUGGGGGGCACCUGGCGUCGCUGCACAGCCCCGAGGAGCACCGGGCACUCGCCGCCUUCAUCGCCCAGCGCCCGCGGCGCGAGGACGAGGACGACAGCGUCUGGAUCGGCCUGCACCAGCGCCGCCAGUCGUGGCUCUGGGCUGACGGGUCCCCUCGGCGUUACUGGGCCUGGGAAGGGGACGAUGGUCCCGGGCCCGGCCCCGUGGGACAGCCCUGCGCGGCCCUGGAGGACUCGGCUGGGUUCAUGGCCUGGGAGGGCGAGUCCUGCGUCGAGCGCAAACCCUUCGUCUGCAAAUACGCGGCGUAG